UCAUUUGCGAGAGUCGUGGUCCCGCGUACACAGCUGUCACUGCAAGCAAAUAACAGAUUGGAUGCAAUAUUUCUUGUGUGCACUCACUCAUUCGCGUCGCUGCGCUGUAACUUGGAUAAACCGUUAACCGGCUACAUUUUUUUAGAUUCGCUUAAUUAUUUUUGCAAUUUUAUUUAGUGUCAAAAAUAUAUCGACUUUAAGUGCAAACAAGUUUUCUUUCUAUAAUCGAAAAUGAUUCACGUAUCUCAGGAUAUUAUUGGCAGUACCACUGAUCCAAUAACAAAAGAGGUGGCUCACAUAUAUCGCUUCACUCUGGUCAAUGAUCAGACCCAAAUGUAUGUGCAGAUCCUAUCUUAUGGUGCAACUAUCUACUCGCUCAGAGUCGCUGAUGCCAGUGGCAAAUUGGAUGACGUUGUUCUUGGUUUCGACUUGUUAGAAGAAUAUGAACAACCGCAAAAUCCUUACUUUGGCGCCACUAUUGGACGUGUUUGCAAUCGUAUUGCCAACGGCAGUUUCUUUAUUUAUGAUAAGCCAGUUCAAGUUACGAAAAAUCGUGGCAACAAUCAUUUGCAUGGUGGUAAAAUCGGUUUCGAUAAGGUACCCUGGGAUCUGAAAGAAAUUCAUGUGGAUGGUGUUACUUUCGCUCAUCGUUCACUUGACGGUCACGAGGGCUAUCCAGGUGAAGUAUACGCCACCGUGCGUUACACACUCACCGAAGACAAUGCGCUGCGCAUCCAUAUGACUGCAAAAACAACAAUGACAACUGUGGUCAAUAUGACAAAUCAUUCGUAUUUUAAUUUGGCCGGACAUAACUCUGGCAGGAAGGGUCUAUAUGAGCACAAUGUCGCAAUUUUCGCAGAAGACAUAACCGAAACGGAUGAGGAGUCAAUACCAACAGGCAUUUUUAAGCCCGUAGUUUUUACACCUUAUGAUUUUCGCACUAUGGAAAACCUAGGCAAACGUAUACAAGCACUACAGCCAGACAAGUUGGGUUUCGAUGAUAACUUUUGUGUGCCACGAAUAGAUUUGGAUGCAAAUGGUGUAACGCCAGUAGCUAGAGUCAUUCACCCGCCGACUGGUCGUUGGAUGGAAGUAUCCAGCAAUCAACCAGGCGUACAAUUCUACACCUCCAACUAUUUGCCGGAUGAAGAAAAAGGCGAGAAACCCCUUAUCGGCAGAAGCAAUGCACGCUACUGCAAACAUGGCGCCUUUUGUCUCGAGACACAAGUUUAUCCCGACGCACCGAAUCACGCAAAUUUUCCUGAAAUUAUUUUGAGACCUGGUCAAAUAUACGAGCAUAUCGUUAACUACAAAUUCGGUACGUGCAAAAAGACAGCACUAGAAGAUGCAGGAUCUAUCGGAGAGGGAGAGGGCGCCUGUGGUGGACCUGAAGACUAAAAUAAAGGAAUAAACAAAAGUGAAUAAAUGAUUUAAAAAAAGAAAAGAUAUAUGUUUACUUAUAUUUUAUUCAGCUACUGCCUUUCAACAUUCGCAAAUCAAAGCGCUCCAAAUAGCAAAAUAAAAAAAAAAAAAUAUAACGCAAAAUUUACCUAUACAUACUACAUGAAUAUUAAACACAUAAGUAUAUUAAAACUUAAUCAAUUAUAUCGUUAAAAA